AUCCCUGGCCGCCGCCGCCUCCUCCUCCGUUUGCAAGGGCAACGCGUUUCUCCUCCUCCUCCUCCUCUCCCAUAUCUUGUUCUCCGCCGGAACAGCGGAGGUGCCACCGCCCUCCCUCCUCGAUCGCCAGGAGGCCCAGCUCCACCGCCUCGAAACCCUUGUUGAAUCUCUUUCCAAGACCGUCUCCGCACUGGAGUCCUCCCUCUCCGCCUGCUCCUCCCCGCGAUCCGACAAUCCCCUCCCUCCCAAUUUGGAACCCCUCUCCUCUCCCGUCAUCCCGCCGCCGCCGCCUGUCGUCGACCGGUCCCUCGGGGUUACUGUCACCAAGCACAAGCCCUUGUGGUCCGAGAGGUUCCAGUUCGCUGCAGCCGUGCGGCUGGAAGCCUCCGCCACCGCCGCCACCGUACUCCCCUACGAGGACCUCGACGGCCUCAGCAAGUACUUCGCCGUUGGCGACACUCGGGGGCGGAUCUACGUCUUCUCCUCCGCCGGAGACGUCGUUAUCGAGAUCCCCUCCCUCUUCGACUCCCCGGUCACCUCCAUGCUCUGCUACCUCUCGUCCCCCCGCAACGAGAGCCUUCUCUUCACCGGCCACGAGGACGGCUCCAUCGCCGCCCACCGCCUCUGGAUGUCCGCCGCCAACGGCGACGACUGGCUUACCCUCUCCCUCGGCAGCUCCCGGCCGUUCGUCCGUGCCCCACGCGAGCUCGAGUUCCCGCCGGUGCUCGGCCUCGAGAUGUAUCAGAUAGGCCGGACGCGGUACGUCCUCGCGACCGACGGCGGCGGUAGGAUCAGGGUCUUCACAGAGAAUGGCACUCUCUAUGGCACAGCCAUUGCCUCCAGCCGGCCGCUUGCCUUCAUGAAGCAGAGGCUUCUCUUCUUGACCGAGACCGGCGCCGGGUCUCUCGACUUGCGGUCGAUGGUGGUGAAAGAAACGGAGUGCGAAGGGCUCAAUGGCUCGGUCCCGAAAGCCUACUCCUUUGAUUCGUGGGAGCGGUCCAAGGCAUAUGGUUUCACCGCCGGAGGUGACCUCGUUCAUGUCAUUCUUCUGGGAGAUGUCGCCAACCUCAAGUGCCGGGUUCGGGCGGUGAGGAACUUUGAGAUCGAUGGCCUCGUUUCGAUCCAAACCAUCAAAGGCUAUCUCCUUGUUGCGAGCCUUGACAAGGUCUUCGUCUACAAUAUCUCCUCACAGUAUUUCGGCAGGGUCGGAGCUCCUCGGCUGCUCUUCUCUGCCUCCAUCCAUGAAAUCAAGUCGCUGUUCCUGAACUCUGAUACUAAGGCCGAUGGGUCUUUGGCUGGAAAGCCGCUGAUCGCUGCUGACCGUGAAAAGCUUGUGGUUUUGGGCUUUGGUGAUGGGUACAUUGGGAUAUACCGGCCGAAUUUCCCGGUGUUCAAGGCGGAGACUAAUGCUGUUGUGUGGAGUGGCCCAGCUCUGCUGUUCCUCUUGUUUCUCAUUGGUAUAUGGCAGUUCUAUGUGAAGAAGAAGGACUCUUUGGGGUGGGUGCCCGAGGAGUCCUUCAAUGCCUCAGGCACAGCAACAAGUAGCCUGCUGGGUCAAGGGGCUAGUGACAGAGGUUAUGUUGAUGGUUCAAGAGCUGGUGAUCUUAGGGAGCUGAGAGGAGGUGCCCUAAGAGGUCCUCCUCGAAGGUAUGUGUCUCCCCCUUCUCGAUAUCCCGGAGGAUCUGGGAUUCCAUAUCGGCCUCAUUCUGCCGACCCUAAUUUUAGAGGACCUGCAGACCUGAAAUUUAGAGGGCAGAAUAUAGAACCCACAGGUUUUGCCAAAAGGAGAGAGCCGUUGUUUUCAAAUACUCCUGUUGCGGAUGAUCAUGUCAAUUGAGGGUUUAAUUGCUUGCAUGAGUACCUGUUGGAAUUUUGAGCCUCGUUGGCUUCACCUGUCUGGAGCUCCUUUGAUCCUAAGUGUUGUACGAGUACAUCAUUAUGAAACACUUGUGAGAGCAAACUGAGAUGAUUACUUGUGUCGGCUAUUGUAUUUCUCAACAUUUAAAUGGAAAUUCUAGUUUCCAUGGUAUCUACGAAGUGAUUUUCCUGUCA